AGCCCUUCGCCCGCCGCGCUCUCCGGCCCUACCUUGCCUGGCCGUCCCCCUCACAUGAAGCGAAGUGUAGCAGAGCCGCCGUGCUGACGGAAGUGUGGACACAUUGCGGCCGCAGAGGAGGUGGAGGAGAGCAUUCAUCUCGAGUGGCGUUGCUUACUGGAUCCUGUUCAUUUGAUUUCAUCUGGUAUCAUGGCAAAAGAUGUUGGAUUAAUUGAAGCAAACGGAGAGCUCAAAGUAUUUGUAGAUCAGAAUCUCAGUCCGGGAAAAGGGGUUGUGUCGUUGCUGGCUGUUCACCCAUCUGUUGGAAAGCAGCUCCUGCCAAAGACAUUUGGACAGUCCAAUGUGAACAUUACUCAACAAGUGGUUAUUGGCACACCACAGAGACAAUCUCAACCAAAUACCAUCUUGUUAGGAAGUCCUCAUACGCCAAGCACGCACUUUGUUUCCCAAAACCAAGCCACAGACUCCUCUCCAUGGUCUGCAGGCAAGAGGAAUAAAAAAGGUGAGAAAAAUGGCAAGGGCUUACGUCACUUUUCAAUGAAAGUUUGUGAGAAAGUACAGAAGAAGGGCACAACCUCUUACAAUGAAGUGGCUGAUGAGUUGGUAGCAGAAUUUAGUUCAACCGAUAACCACAUAUCUCCAAAUGAAUCGCAAGCCUAUGACCAGAAAAACAUAAGACGGCGUGUGUAUGAUGCCUUAAAUGUGCUUAUGGCAAUGAACAUCAUUUCUAAAGAGAAAAAAGAAAUAAAGUGGAUUGGUCUACCGACAAACUCUGCUCAGGAAUGUCAGAAUUUAGAGGUUGAAAGACAAAGACGACUUGAACGAAUAAAGCAAAAACAGUCUCAGCUGCAGGAACUUAUUCUACAGCAAAUUGCCUUUAAAAAUCUAGUUCAAAGAAAUCGUCAAACAGAGCAGCAAACAAAUAGAUCACCUCCAUCCAAUUCAGUUAUACAUUUACCAUUUAUUAUAGUGAACACCAGCAAAAAGACUGUGAUUGAUUGUAGCAUUUCUAAUGACAAAUUUGAGUAUCUUUUUAAUUUUGACAACACUUUUGAAAUACACGAUGAUAUAGAAGUACUAAAACGAAUGGGUAUGGCUUGUGGACUGGAAUCUGGUAAUUGUUCAGCAGAAGAUCUAAAGUUGGCGCGGAGCUUAGUGCCUAAAGCUUUGGAACCGUAUGUGACAGAAAUGGCUCAGGGAUCAAUCAGCAGCGUAUAUGUCUCCACAACAUCGGGUUCAGUGUCAAAUGGACGAAGAUUCUCAGCCAGUGAUUUGACAGCGGAUGGAAUGCAAGCAACCAGCUCCAAUGGAUCACAGUACAGCAGCUCUAGGGUGGAAACACCUGUAUCUUAUGUUGGGGAGGAAGAUGAUGACGAUGAGGAUGACUUUAAUGAAAAUGAUGAUGAUGACUAAUGUAGUAGAAGUAUAUUCAGUUAAAAAUAAUGGCUACUACCAAGCAAUUUUUUUGUUUUUUGUUGCUGUGGAUGUUUGAAUAUAGUAUCUUAUUCACUGGGUCCCUUAUUUGUUUUUCCACUCACAUUUUUUAUUUGCCCCAUGUUUUUCAACGCGUAAUGAUGUAUGAUCCAUGUAUUA